UCAGUUGAAAUUCUUUUUUUGCCGUGAGAAGUUGUGAUUUGUGCUCCGUUCUUCGCAACUUUUAUUUGCUUGCUUGGUGCGUUUACUAAAUAGUAUUUAUAUAUUGGUUGCUGUUGUUUCCCCGGCUGUUCUGGUGCAUCGGCACGUCCUCAAAAAACGUUAAUGAAAAAGCGAGCUAAGUGAAGUUUCCUGUUCAUCAAAUAUCAACAAUUCCAAUUAAAUUCGGACUGAAUUGGAAUCGUACUGACAGUUGCGCUUGCAAUUUGUUUAAGCGAUCUGUGAUAAGCAAUAUACAACUGCAUCGAGAAUGGCAUCGCUAAAUACGAUUUGAAUUGCAUAACCGCACAGGGAACUAAACUUGCGUGAAUCGACUGCUUACGUAAGAUCUCAAGUCAAAUUAAGUCCGGUUCUGAGCGGCACAAAAGCCAGCGAGAUGAGCAAACUCCAGGUGAUCGUGCACCCAGUGAAGAAGGAGUUCCAGCGCAAGAGCUGCGGCUUCGACCAUGAUACGCCCGAUGAUUUUGUCAAGUCGCAGUGGCAGUCAUGCACAAAGAGUUUGGCGUAUUUGUUUUAUCGUUGGUUCAUUGCUCUUUUUUUCGUGGUCGUGGUAAUUAUUUCGAUGUGGCCAGAAGCAGAUGAUGAGAGCAGUUAUUGGCUGUACUUUAUCUACAUGACCAACUGGGGAAUAUGGAUGUGCAUGUUGACGAACGUGUUGGGUGCUAUUCUAGUCACCGUUUGGCAUUAUCAUCCAGAAUAUGCGGAUAAACUCUUGAAUAUUAAGAGUUCCUUCAGCUAUUUUCGAGUGUACUGGGGUAUGCAUAUUAUAACCUUGGUUCUGUCCAUUGUCAUCACCAUUAUCUACUGGAGUAUUUUGUACGAUGCUAAUGAAAGCGCUUUGGACGCCACGAAUGUACUCACUCAUGCAUUUAACUCCAUUUGCAUGUUCAUCGAUCUGUGGAUUGUAGCACAUCCGAUGAGGUUGCUGCAUAUAUUUUUGCCAGUAUUAUUCGGAGUUGUGUUUGCCGUCUUCUCAUACAUCUAUCAUUUGUGCGGUGGCAUUAACAAGAAAGGCAAACCUUACAUCUAUCAUGUAAUUGACUGGAACAAGCCAGAAAACGCUUUUAUCACGGUUGUUGGCGUACUAAUCCUGUCCUGUUGCGUCUAUGUGCUGCUUUUUGCCUUCUUCAAGCUGCGAUCAUUCCUCCAUAGACGCUGUCGCAAUGCAAAUUUUGUACUGCCCACCAGUGCAAAAUCGAAUGGUCAAACUAAUGGACUGGACGAUAAAUCCGGAAAUGGAAUACAGCACUCGCCUUCGCGCAUAUCAAUGGUAUUGGGCAAUUUCGCUGGCUAUGAGAACCAGGCCUAUUCACCCACUGGCGAACUCUCGAACAAAAGCUAAUACUUCUAAUACUUCAAAUUAGACUGUAGUAAUAGCCAAAUUAAUUUCUAGAAUUUACAACCAGUGAUAUUAUAAACUAUAGUUUUGUGUAAAGUAAAUAAACUCGUUCUGUGCAGGACUUUUGGUGAACGGUUUUUUAAAAUUAAAACGAAUAUUCAAAAAUGCGAGUGUCCUUCUGAGGAAUCAAUAUUUAUACUCAAACGAAAAACACGUUUAAAAAUUCUGAUCAAAAAUUCAAACAGUUAAAUGUUCAAGAAGAAAAACAUGAAUGUGCCCAAUAGCCUUCGGGUUUUUCGAUUCGAUUGACACGCCCGCCUUUGGGAACUUUACAGUUGAUAAUUAAAAAUUUAUAACUGACCAUAGAUGGAUGGCACCAAGUAAAUAUGCACUUAAAAAAACUGUAAGCCAAUCAGGAUUCUCAUUGUGGCUAGCUCUGAGAUGUGUAAAUAUUUAACUUAAGCCCUUAAUCACCUUUGAAUGACUACAUUAGCCCAAAUAGUCCCUGAAGGACAGCGAGUUAGAUACAAUAAACUAGCAAGGACAGGUUUAAUUUUGGUAGUGGGACAUGCCUAUUUAUAAGUACUAGCGAAUGUCAGGAGUUUUAAGAGUGAGUUAUAUUUAAUUAUAUGCAUUAGAGUUCAUUCCGCGCAAAUUUAAAGUGCAAUAUUGCGAAAAAAAAAGCUCAAAAUUGUAAUAAAAUCCAACUUCCACCGAAAACUUCUAAAAAUAUGAUUAGCCACCCAAUAUUGAAUUGUUAGUUUUUGGUUUAAAAAUUAAACAAAAAUAUUGAUAAUAGAAAAUAUUAUAUUUAAAUUCCUUGUAACAAAAGAGAAUAAUAAUUACUAAAAUAAUUAAACAUUUCCUUGUCCCAAAAAUUAAAAUCUCUGUUAAGAUAAACUAAUAAAAUAUCC